AUGCCUGAUAUGAACUUUGUUAACCCAAUAGGAAACCUCCUCGCCGAAUCCAGAAGGCUUGCUGGUCUAGUGCCGCAGACUAUAUUUCUCAAAAAAGCCGACCCUCCACCAGGGAGUCCAACUUGGCGGGCAGAGCCUAUGAGCCUAGCAAAGCUUAAUUAUGAUGAAUGGAAGGGAGAAUAUGGUGCUCAAAAGCGCAUGACCGAUACUUACAACCUCACAAAUUGCGUACCGCUGUCUCAUGACUUGGACGGCCUCUUGUUGGAAUCAAAUGGCAGAUAA